AUGGUCAGCCGUGUGGAGCAUCCCGCUGCUGGCUACAAGAAGAUUUUUGAGUCUGUGGAGGAACUCAAUGAACCCAUAACAGCUAAAGUCACUGGCACUAUCCCAUCAUGGCUGGGGGGCAGUCUGCUGAGGAUGGGUCCAGGUCUUUUUGAAAUCGGAAGUGAACCUUUUUACCACCUGUUUGAUGGACAGGCUAUGAUUCACAAGUUUGACCUAAAGAAUGGUCAGGUGACAUAUUACCGAAAAUUCAUUAAGACAGAUGCAUAUGUUCGAAAUAUGACAGAGAAACGAGUGGUCAUCACAGAGUUUGGUACAGCAGCCUAUCCAGACCCAUGCAAAAACAUCUUCUCCAGAUUCUUCACUUACUUCCAAGGCAUUGAAGUAACUGAUAACUGUCUGGUGAACAUCUAUCCCGUUGGUGAGGAUUUCUACGCAUGCACAGAAACAAACUUCAUUACAAAAGUUGACCCUGAUUCCCUGGAGACAUUAAAGAAGGUGGACAUGUGUAAGUAUGUGUCUGUAAAUGGAGUGUCAGCUCACCCUCACAGAGAAGCGGAUGGAACACUCUACAACAUCGGAAACUGCUUUGGCAAGAACUUGAGUUUGGCAUACAAUAUUGUCAAAAUCCCAGGACCACAAAAAGAUAAAUCAGACCCCAUUGAGAAAUCCCAGGUCAUGGUACAACUUCCAAGCAGUGAGAGAUUAAAGCCUUCUUAUGUUCACAGUUUUGGUAUGACAGACAACUACUUUAUUUUUGUUGAGCAACCUGUCAAAAUCAACUUGCUUAAAUUCCUGUCUUCUUGGAGCAUUAGAGGAGCCAACUACAUGGACAGCUUUGAGUCAAAUGAGAGCAUGGGUACCUGGUUUCAUCUUGCUACUAAAAACCCCGGUGGUUACUUAAGCAGUCACAAGUUUCGAACAUCACCUUUCAAUCUUUUUCACCACAUCAACGCAUAUGAGGACCAAGGCUUUAUUGUGUUGGAUCUCUGCACGUGGAAAGGUUAUGAUUUUGUGUAUAAUUAUCUGUAUCUGGCCAAUCUGAGAGAGAACUGGGAGGAGGUGAAGAAGGCUGCUAUGGGAGCUCCCCAGCCAGAAGUCAGACGUUAUGUUCUACCUGUGGACAUUAAUCGUGAGAAACAGGGGAAGAACCUGGUAUCAUUGCCUUACACCACAGCCACUGCAGUUUUGAACCGUGAUGGAACCAUUUGGCUUGAAGCUGAGAUUCUCUUCUCUGGACCAAGACAGGCCUUUGAAUUCCCACAGAUUAAUUAUUCUCAGUGUUGUGGAAAGAAAUAUUCUUUUGCUUAUGGCCUGGGACUUAACCACUUUGUUCCUGACAGGAUAGUGAAGUUGAAUGUCCAGACCAAACAGACUUGUGUGUGGCAGGAGGAGGACUGUUACCCUUCAGAGCCAUUAUUUGUGGCAUCCCCAGAAGCUGCAGAAGAAGAUGAUGGCCUGUUGCUCAGCAUAGUGGUGAAACCUGGAGCUGAGAGACCAGGGUCAUUACUGAUCCUUAACGCUGCAGAUCUGACGGAGGUGGGCAGAGCAGAAGUGGACGUGAUCAUCCCAGUUACAUUUCAUGGCAUGUACAAACCCUAA